AUGCGCGAAACGCUUCCAAGCACAGCCCUUCUCUCGGCCCAGGAGAGUCACGAGAGGAGGCGCGCCAGCCUGCGCAACAGGCACCCAGUCAACCCCAUCCCCGCCCAGUCCGCGGCGACCGACCCUCGCACGCAACAGCCCCGCCAGCAGGAGGGCAAUGUCACGCUCCAGGGCCAGUCGUCGAUGCCCCCGCCACCCACACCAGAGGCCCCAGAGGCCCCGCCGUCGAAGCGCGUGGCUGCGCCUUCACACUCUCAUGUCACCUCCCAACGCCAGCACCUCGACGCAGCCCCCCAACCAGACGCGGACAUGGCUGUCCCAAAGGACGGCGUCGACUCGGGUCCCAAGACAGCCGACCAACGCUCCAUCGGUGAGAGGCUGGUUGCUCUUGUGGACGACAUGGCGCGCAAGACGCUCGCAAUCAUCGUUCGGAGGGAUGCCGUUUGCCAGGAGCUUCUUGGCAACGACCUCACAGACGAAGAGAAGGUUGACCUUUGCGAGAUGUUUGCCGAACACAUUGGAGGUCCCUUGGAGGAGGCGCACGGCCAGUUUCGCUCUGUGUUCAAGAAUGACGAGUAG